GAUAAAAUCGAUGCAUUCAAGGAAAAAUUUAUUUAUUCCAAAAUUUACGACGAGGAAUUUUCAGAAAACACCUUUCAGAAUUGGCUCAAUUCCAUCGAUUAUCAUACAGAACGUGACUACGGAUAUUUGAAUCAUGGAGGUGAGAUACCUGAAAGUGCUAUUGUAAAUCCAAAAGAAAAUUUUAAUAAGGAUGCAGAUGAUGAAAAUCAAGAAGAAAAUGAUUCAGAUUAA